CGGACUUGAAGGGCACUUCUUCAAUCGGGUUGAAUGAGUGGUUGAAGCAGAAGGAUCCCUUCUCAUUUCUCGCACCAUUUAUUACCCUCUCUUUCUCCCAAAACCAUCCAAAUUUUUACAGAAGCCGAGCGACCCAGCAGGAAGCCAACGCCGAGCAAAAGAGAGCGAGAGACACCGAGAAAGCGAGAGAGACGCCAUGUCGUGGCAAACGUACGUCGACGAGCACCUCAUGUGCGAGAUCGAUGGCCAUCACCUCACCGCCGCGGCGAUCCUCGGGCAUGAUGGCAGCGUCUGGGCCCAGAGCUCGUCGUUCCCUCAGUUCAAGUCUGAGGAGAUCACUAAUAUAAUGAAUGAUUUUAAUGAACCGGGGUCCCUUGCUCCAACUGGCUUAUAUCUUGGAUCAACAAAAUAUAUGGUUAUCCAAGGAGAACCUGGAGCUGUUAUCCGUGGAAAGAAGGGGUCAGGGGGUGUUACCGUAAAGAAGACCAACCAAGCACUUAUCUUUGGCAUCUACGAAGAGCCCAUGACUCCAGGCCAGUGCAACAUGGUUGUUGAGAGGUUGGGUGACUACCUAAUUGAUCAGGGCCUGUAGCUUGAGUCACCAGGCACCUGCCUCCAUCCCUAUCUAUCUUAUGGGAGCGCAACUUUUCUUCAUUCAUUCAUGACCAGAAACCUGGUUUUCUUUUUUGCAUUUGUUUUCAGUAAUAAUCUUGUGAACAGACAGGAUUGUUGGUGUCUUUGACUUGUUUGUUUUGUCCCCUUUCAUGUUCUUUAUGUGCAUCCUUCUUGCGGUUGUUUUUGGCUUGGUUGCUUUGUCGCAAGAGGAUAUCAUCAUCUGUCCAUGGUGGUUUUGGUAUAUAUUCUAUUAUAUCUUGAUAAGCAAGCAAUUUCUUCAGCAUUCUUUCUAA